GAAAACGCAAGCUACUGAAUUUUGGCAUUUCUAAUUCUAAUCACACUCAUGAACAAUUUGGAACCCCUGCAUUAACUCCUGGCAUAACAUGUCCUGUGAGGAAAUCUACAGUUUUUUAAAUGGUUAAUGUUUAUUGCAGUCUGAGAACAAAACAUUCUGCACAGACAACAAUUCCAAUGGAACAGGAGAAGCAUUUUUUUUUAGUUAGGACAAGAAAACACAUGAAAGGAAUGGAUCAGAAGCAUACUGAGUAUUGAUAUUUUUUAAAAAAACGGCAGCCUACAAGUUUAUUAUGGUCACUACAACCGUAAGACUCCGAAAAUACCUGUGUGCAAUUAAAAGUAACAUGACAUCUCACUUUCAAACUGUUACCAUAUCCUGUAGAAUCACAAUAUGCAAUUUCCUAUUGCACAAUAAGCUAUAUGACCUUGUUUGUCUUCAUGAUUUUGAGAUUCUUUGCUACAGAGAUUUUCUUGCAUAUUUGUGAGGUGUUCUGACUUCACGUUUGUAUUUAGAAUGCUAGAUACACACUUAAUUUGAUAUCAAUCUGCUGUUUUGUGAGCUGAAAGGGCUGCAGACACCGCAGUUAUUAUUGCAGAGGAGUACUUGAAAUUCACUUCAAGUGAAUGUGUCUGAAUCCUUAGUGUCACAUGAAAUCCCAAGUUUGAGCAUGUUUUUGUCCCAAUAUGAUUAAACAUGUGCAUGGAAUUACCCUAUAAUAAAACAUAUUAUACUGAACUUAUCAUUUGUAUUGACCACAUAAUCACAGAUACAGAACAGUUUGACUUGCUAUUGGAGGGCACUGCAGACUGACAUGCACUUUAGUGUUCAGUGAGGUGCUGGAAAUAACUAUUGUAGAUGAAUAAAUUCACUUGAAUAUGUUAACUACUUCUAAUAGGAUGAAAUGCUGCUCAUAACAUAGUUGCUCAAUAUAGUUCCUUGUGGGGAAGUCUGCUCAAUUCACUCAGUAGACAUAUACCUAUGGUUUAUUUGUACUAGUUUUAUUACAUUUAAUAAACAGAUUAAUUACAUUUACAGGUGUUUCAGCAGUCUGAAGGUGUGUAUACUUAAACCUGUGGUCACAAAUUUACAUAUCGUCAUUUGUUCUGCAAUCCUGUGCAUUUUAAUGAUCAUAAUGAUAUAAUACUUUCUCGCCCUGUACAAUACGUAAAUUCAGACUACACUACGGAAGUGCUUACAAGCCUGUGGCAACAGUAUCUUCACGGUCUGUCAGACCACAUUUCCAGAGUACACUGCAACUGCCUACUACAGCAACAUACUGUAAGCCAAGAGGGGUUUGCCAUCACCUGCAUCAUCUCAAUGUCAAACGCAAGCAAUGACCAUAUGGAAGCUGAAGAGGGGUACAUUGCCCUGUACACUAUCACAAUUAUUCUUGGCGCUAUUGGAAAUGGACUUGUCAUUACAGUAUAUGUUCGUCUCGGGAAACUACCUUCAGUCACUGAUGCCAACCUGCUGAAUCUCGCCAUUUCAGAUCUGCUUUUGGUGCUCACAAAUAUUUUAUAUCUGUCAGAAAACAUUACCUGCUGGAAAUAUGGAGACGUUGUGUGUAAAAUUAGUGCCUGGAUAAACGAGGUGUCCUCUUCUGCCAGCGUCCUUUUCCUGACCUCCAUUUCCAUGGAUCGGUAUUUUGCCAUUGUCAGAUCGAAAACAAACCCAGCUAGGAGGACCACUUUCAGCCUCUGCAGAAAAACUGCAUUCUUCAUCAUAUGGCUAAGUGCUUUUCUGAAUGCCCUGCCUGACCCUUUCAUAUACUCUGUAAAUAAUCAGACGCAGCAAUGUGAACCUGGUCACGACCUGAAACUUGUUGGUUUUAUAACCCUGGGAAUACAGUUUACACUAACAUUCUUCCUUCCACUGUUAAUUAUACUGUUCUGCUAUAUAGUGUUAGUUAUAAAGGUUUGCCAGACAUCUAUUUUGAGAAAACAACAAGUUUACAGAAUAGUGUGUGCGCUUAUAUCUGUCUUUUUGCUUCUUCAGGCACCCAGGCAGUUGUGCAUAUUGACAGCUGCCUUUACUCAAACUGAACACAGCUGUUUAGAAAUCACUUAUGUUUUGUCAACCUUCUCCUGCUGUGUGAACCCCAUCAUAUACGCUUUGCUUUGGGACAGAUUUAGACAGAGAAUCAAAGAAUUAUUUUCCAAGUGUUUAAUGAGGUCUGAAAAAGCUAAAGCAGUUUCACAAAGCCAUUCUUUAUCAAAUACACUGGAUUUAUAAACGAGAGGAGGUAAGAGUAAUAAAAUUAAUUUUAACAUGUUUGCUAAAUGUUUGCCAAGAGGGAUAUAGCUGCAUAGGUGAAAGACUGAUUCUAUUACAAUAGGAGCUGUCAUUUGUAUGAAGAGCAAUGAGAGAUCAUUCCUAAAUUUAAAUUACCCUAUACAUCAAACAAAGAGUACAAAAGACUAAUAAUCACAGAGAGUUGAGUUGCAUGAAGGUGAAAACGGGAUUAUGUUGUCACAGUGCAUGGGAAGGCAUCAUGCCACACAUUACAGCUGCCAAAAUGUUUGCAUUUAAGCACGAUCAGACAACUGAGCAAUAGUUAUAGACAAUAUUGGCUGUUAAAAGUUACUCAGGUAGUAGAUACACAGGUUAUACGACAUUUUCGGAUGUGAAAGCUCCACUCCACCGUGAUAAGUAAAAAGGGCCAACGGCUCACUAACAAUGUAAUUGUAAGAAAAGGUUUUGAUCAACAGUUUGCAAAGCCAAAUUUUUUCGUAUACAAAGAAGAAAAAGAGAAGAAUGAGAACCAGCACUCAACACUUUUGAAAUUUCACUAUAACCUGUCGCUCAGCUCGAAGCAGAAACAAAAACUUUGAUCCAUAUAGCAGCAUAUUAUUUCAGAACAUGCCCAGUGAACCUCGGAGCUGGAAAAUCCAUAAAUCCCCACAUUAGCACUGGGACUAAAAAUAGUUCUCAAUGUACUGGACUUUGAAAACCCAUUCAUUCUUCCCUGACUCGAAGCUACUUAUCCCAAUAUAGGGCUGCAGUAAACUGGAAUCUCUCUUAGACAAAGCAGUAAUGCCUCCUGGAUAGGAUGCCAGGCCGUCACAGGGCACGUACACAGAGGCAGCGUACAGACACGUACGGAACUUUGUCAGCACGCCUUGGGAAGAUGGGAGGAAACCUGGGAAAUCCUACAUGUCCACUGAUUGCUGAAUACACACAAAAUGUUACCGACUACCAAAAAGACAACAUUGAUAUUUUAAGGGCUUGAUGUUUUUCUAUACACUCUCUUUUACAUGCUUUGUGAUCUGUGUCUCAGAGCUGUAUUUUGUUUUCCUAAAAUGUAAGCAUCUGUAAAAAAAAAAAAAUGGACCUCAAUUCGGAGGCAUUCAAUGGCUCCCAAAUACCUGUACAUGUGUAUAUACUGUAUAUAGAUUAUAUAUUAUAGAUCUAUAUAUAUAUUAUAUAUUAUGUAUUUCUUUUUGUCAGAAUUAUGACCAUCUGCUUUCUUCACUGGGAAACCCAUUCUCAGGCUAAACUGAUAAAAAAAGAAAGUGUGAGCAAUGCCAGACUGGAAGGGAGAGUUAAGUAGUUAUGUACAAUAAGUUAGAGUGACAGCAUCACACACAUGGGUUCAGUUGUUCAGACCCCUUUUUAAGAAAAAAAUCCUCUUAGCACCUGUACCACAGUGGUUUGUGUUCUGCUAAUACUGUGAAUGACAAGUUUAAUGUUCUCAUUUGAAAACUGAAGGGUAAAAAGAUGGAAAAGGGAAACAGGAGAAGGAAAAAAGUAUAGUAAAGUAAAGGAUAACAUGGAUUCAAGAUGAGAGCUCUCACGAUUGUUUGUAAAAAACAGAAAAAUGAAGUGGAAACAAAAGAAAGUAUAUCACUGAAAAACCAAGCACUCAAAAACAGAAGGAAUAACUUUAAAAUACGGUAUAGAGCUACAGUAGAUUAGAAUCUGGAACAGUCCCCACCUGCAGUCCAGUGUGGAAACAGUAACGCUGUUAUUCGCAAUUUACUGUCAACUUAUUUCAGAAAUACUGUAGUCCGUCAGUAUCGCACCCUGUCACAGUACCAAAACCACAUUGACAGUCAGCCCUGUUUAUGGUCAAAAUACUAAGUACAAAAGGUCAGUAACAUACUCUUCAAAUAUGGUAAAAAAAAAGACAAAAAAAGUGUCUUACAAACUACAGUACUAGCUAUUCCCUGAAUAAACUAAAAUAUUCUAGAAGUUACCAAUUAUGUGGGUGGGUGAAUUUAAAUUAAUAAGCGGAUAGUUGUAGGGUACAGUUAUAUGUUAUAUAUUUUCAUAAUGUAUACUGUGAGUUCUGAUACAUUCAUAUGAUAAAUAGGUACAGUAUUUCUAUGAAUUGUAAUGGAAUCUC